ACAUUAUAUUUCACAGCAGCAGUAGCGAGGCAACAUGUAUAGCCGUAAGCUGGAGCGGAUGCAUCGUCCACCCUCGGACAUCACUAAAUACGACAAUGAGCCCUACAUGAAGAAUCCACUGCUCACCUUUCGAAUCUCCGAGGUGCAUGAGCGACGCCACUACACGUUCCUCAAGCAGCGUGCGGCCGACAUUAAGGUUAAGAUAGCCAAGAAGCCUUGGCCACCGGAGCCGGAGAUGCGACUGCUGCCACAGGCGCACUAUGUAGACAACUUGCGACGUGAGGUGCGCAAAAUUGUGGUGCCGGCCAUGCUGCGCAAGACAGAAGCCAAGAUACUCAGCUUUGCCUCGGAGCGGCUCAAAAACAAAUAUCCCGAGUUGGUCAAGGAGUAUAUGGCGGAUGUGCAUGAGGAGUAUGAUCGCCUGAUGAAAAUCUAUAGCAUGAAGAACAUACUCAAGCAUCCCGAGUUCAGUGACGAGGAUCCCGCCAAGUUUGACUUGCCACACGCGGAUUUUCUUUUCCGCCUGCCUGGACACACAGCCAACUACAAGGUGUAUCUUGAUAAUCGCCGCAAGAUAGCGCAGAAGCUGCUUAUAUUGCAACUGCCCAUGCGUGCAGUGCUCAACAUCUCAGUGCUGGAGCUGCCGGAGCUGGCAUGCAAUUUUCACUACGUCAGCAGCAUGGGCACACAGCAGCAGCAGCUGGGACUUUGCGGACGCGAAGCGCUCUCACACAAGUUCUAUCGCAAGUACAUACAGAACCAGCUGGACAAGGUGAACACGUUUCUGCGCUGGACCUGGUAUACGCGACUGGUGGCCGUGCUGCGCAAGAUGCUGCGCAAGCGUGUGAUGCCGGCGCAGCUGUGGAAACGCGCGUGGAGCGGCCUGGAGGGUCUUAUGAACCGCGAGGUAAACAACAUGAAGGUGCGCACGUUCGAGGAAAUGUUCAAGGUAUGCGGGAGUACACGCACCAUGCCCGUGUUCAAGAUGACACUGGAGUGGUCGGACGUAGAUGAUGGCUUGGAUCUGAAACCCAAUACCUACAGCAUACAGCGGAUCUUUGCGGAGAUAGUCACAGAAAUAUCCAUGGUGGGCUAUCGCAUGGAGUCACUGCAACCGCAGGUGGACACACAGACCGCUUUUACCCAGGUCAAUGACUAUCUGAAGAUUGAGAUGAACGAGAAUUCGGUGGCGGAUGUCAUCAGCAAGGUGGAGGAGAUUAUAGUACGCACAUACACGCAGUUGACGGACUAUGUGGCUGAUUAUCGCAAGAAGUACUUUGGCCUCUACUCACUGGAGGAACGCGAGGCGCUUGCCGAUUUUCUGGACGUGCCGCAUGAGUUUGAGGAAUACUUUGAACGCAUUGACAAAUACUAUGAAUAUAUAAAUAUGCUGCGCAGCGAGCCAGAGAAUGAUUACUUUGAGAUGGCCGUCAUAGACAAUACGCCGGCUUUGCAGAAUCUACGUAAUUUGGCCUCCAGCCUCAUCUCGGACAUUACACACAUCAUUAUUGCGGAGCACAUCAAGGCAGAGGAGGAAAUUUGCGAAGAGUUUGAGAAUAUUAAAUUUCGUGCCCUCAUUAUACCCAAGUCCACGGAGGAGCUUAUUGCCGCGGCCGAGUAUAUGAUAUAUGUGAAAAAGGAGAAGCUGGCGGAACUUACGGAUCGCAUACAGUAUUGCCUGCAUGUGGGCACCAACAUAGUGGAGCUCACACAAAUGUCCAAGUAUCACUUUGAUCUAACCAUUAAGACCAUAAAUUGGAUCAAGGAUAUCAACGAGAUCUGCGAUUAUAAUGCCUCACAGCAGGAGCAGUAUAAGUUUAUCUUUGAGGAGCAUUUACAGGAUGUGAUCAAAAAGCUUAAGUCCGAUAUUGAUGAAAUGCUGCCUAAACUUGCGGUUAUUGAUGACAUGAGUCGCCCGGAAAAGUUUCGGGAGAGCUAUAUAAUUUUACAGAAUUUUAUGGAUCAGCUUAAGAUCUUUGAUGACUAUGUUACCUGGAUCAACAAGGAAGAGCGGCUGUUUAAGAUUGCUGUCACCGAGUACCCCACGCUGGAGCUAAUCAAGGGCUUUGUCUAUCCCUUUGCGGAGCUAAUGAAGCUGUGCAUUGAGUGGCAGCGUUAUCUCAGCGUCUGGAACGACGGACCCUUUGAGUACUUGGAGCCCAAGUUUGUGGAAACCACAACGGAUGAUUAUUUGAAGGAGUUUCAAAAGAAUCAGAAGUUUUAUCGCAUUAAAAUCAAGCAGGACAUGGUUGAGAAUCCUGUCUGCAAAUUUAAGGGUCAAACUGAGGAUCCAGAUCCGGAGAAGCAUCCAGUGCCACUGCGUCUCUGCACUUCCAUGCUGCAGUCCAUCAAAGGCUUCACCACAGGCGUCUUUAUAGUCAACACCAUGUGCAAUCCGGCGCUGCGCAAGCGUCAUUGGAAGGAUAUGUCCGACAUAGCUGGCUUCGAUGUAACGCCAGAUGCGGGCACCACUCUGCGCAAGAUAUUAAACGCCGGCCUCGAUCCCAUACUGGAUCAAUUUGAAAUUAUAAGCAUAAGCGCCAACAAGGAGCUGCAGCUGUGGAACAAUUUGCAGGCGAUGAUCAAGGAGUGGGAGAAUCGCGUGUUUCCCACGGGCCCCUACAAGGAGUCGGGUGUGACCAUACUAUCCAGCCUGGAUGAAAUACAGGCGCUGCUGGACGAUCACAUACUCAAGACGCUGACCAUGCGCGGCUCAGCGUUUAUGAAGCCCUGCGAGGAGGAGGUGCGCGCCUGGUAUGAGAAGAUAAUGCGCGUGAAUGAAACUUUGGAUCAGUGGGGCAAGGUGCAGGUGAACUUUUUGUACCUGCUGCCCAUAUUCUCCUCCAAGGACAUUGUUGCGCAGAUGCCAGAGGAGGGGCGGCUUUUUACCAUAGUGGAGCAGACAUAUACGCGCAACAUGGGUCUGGUGCUGCGCAAUCCGCUGGUUAUGGAAACAGCGCCUGCCGCAGGACUGCUGGAGUCGCUGCAAAAGGCCAAUGAGCUGCUGGAGGACAUAGCUACGGGUGUGAGCAACUACUUGGAGAAGAAGCGUCUAUUCUUUCCACGUUUCUUCUUUCUGGCCAACGAUGAAAUGCUAGAGAUUCUGUCCGAGACGAAGGAUCCGCUGCGUGUGCAACCGCAUUUGAGCAAAUGCUUUGAGGGCAUCAAUCGGCUGGAAUUUGAUCCCAGUAAAAAUGUGCUGGCUAUGAUCAGCAGCGAUAUGGAGCGCAUUAUGUUCAUCGAGGAAGUGUCCACAGCUGCUGCAGGCGGCAGCGUAGAAAAGUGGCUCAUACGCGUGGAGGACGAAAUGUUGAAGGCGGUGCGCAAUGAAAACGAGAAGAGCUUCAAUCACUAUCCCACGGUCAAGCGCAACGAAUGGGUGGUGGAGUGGCCACAGAUGACGGUGCUGGCCGUCUCCCAGGUCUUUUGGGCCCAACGCAUGCACAGCUGCCUGCGUCGCAGCUACGGCGGCAAUCAGACCGUGAUGAAUCACUUCUUCCAGGAGCUGUCACGCGAACUCAAUGACAUUGUCACCCUGGUGCGUUCGCCCAGCAUAAGCAAUCUCAACAGAAUCACAAUCAAGUCGCUCAUUGUCAUUGAUGUGCAUGCCAAGGAUGUGACGGAGGAGCUGAUACGCUUGCGCAUUAGCAGCGAAUAUGAUUUCCAGUGGCUUGCGCAGAUGCGCUACUACUGGGAGGAGGCCGAGAUGCUGGUGCGCAUCAUUAACGCCACCGUGCCCUUUGCCAAUGAGUACUUGGGCAACUCGGAUCGUCUGGUCAUCACGCCGCUUACAGAUCGCUGCUAUCGUACGCUAGUGGGCGCCUAUCAGCUGCAUUUGAAUGGCGCUCCGGAGGGACCUGCAGGCACGGGCAAGACUGAGACCACCAAGGAUCUGGCCAAGGCGCUGGCGGUGCAGUGCAAGGUGUUCAAUUGCUCGGAUGGCUUGGAUUACAAGGCCAUGGGCAAGUUCUUCAAGGGUCUGGCCUCCUGCGGCGCUUGGGCCUGCUUUGACGAGUUCAAUCGUAUCGAGUUGGAGGUGCUUUCGGUGGUGGCACAGCAGAUUCUGCUGAUUAUCCAAGCUGUGCGCGGCAACAUGACCAAGUUCAUGUUUGAGGGCACGGAGCUGACGCUGAAUCCAGCCUGCUAUGUGUGCAUCACUAUGAAUCCUGGCUAUGCAGGCCGCUCGGAGCUACCCGACAACCUGAAGGUGCUCUUCCGCUCAGUGGCCAUGAUGGUGCCGGACUAUGCCAUGAUUGGCGAGAUCUCGCUCUACUCCUAUGGCUUUGUGGAUGCGCGCAAGCUGGCGGUCAAGAUUGUGACCACCUAUCGCCUCUGCUCGGAGCAGCUGUCCAGCCAGAAUCACUACGAUUACGGCAUGCGUGCCGUCAAGACUGUGCUCUCCGCCUGCGGCAACAUUAAGAAGCAGUUUCCGGAUGAAGUGGAGGACAUAUUGCUGCUGCGCAGCUUGAUUGAUGUCAAUCUGCCCAAGUUUCUAUCCUUCGACUGAGCCUACGAUUAGGGCAUCAUCUCGGACAUUUUCCCGGGCAUUAAGCUGCCCCACAUUGAUUACUCGCUCAUGGAAAAGGAGUUCUUGCGCGUCUGCAAGGAGGACGUGCUCGAGCCGGCGCCCAGUUUUCUAACAAAAGUCAUACAGACCUUUGAGAUGAUCAUAGUACGGCAUGGCUUCAUGCUGGUGGGUGAGCCGCUGGCGGGCAAGUCCCGCACGCUGCAGGUGCUGGCCAAGAUCAUGUCGGCGCUGAAAGUAAAGGCGCCUGCCAAGAGUCCUUACUUCCAGCAUGUGCAGAUGGGCAUAAUGAAUCCCAAGAGCAUAACUAUGAAUCAGCUGUACGGCAGCUUUGAUCCCGUGUCCUAUGAGUGGACAGAUGGACUGGUGGCCAAGAUAUUUCGGGACUUUGCCAUGACGCCCACUCCGGAUAGAAAAUGGGUAAUCUUUGAUGGACCCGUGGAUGCAGUGUGGAUUGAGAACAUGAACACUGUACUAGAUGACAACAAGAAGCUGUGCUUGACCAGUGGCGAGGUCAUCACCAUGAGUAAUGAAAUGUCCAUGGUGUUCGAGGUCAUGGAUCUGGCGCAGGCCUCUCCGGCCACAGUCUCACGUUGUGGCAUGAUCUACAUGGAGCCGAGCACACUGGGCUGGCGUGCCUUUGCCAACACCUGGCUCAAGAAGGCCGAUCCGCGUUGGGCGGACAAGGAGAACACCAAGUACAUGCUGGACAUGCUGCAGUGGCUAUUGCCGCCCUGUCAAACCUUUGUGCGUCGCUACUGCAAUCAGUUCAUCAAGCCGGGCGAGUACAAUUGCCUGCUGACUACGUUUGACCUGAUAGACAUGCUGCUGGAUGAGGGUAUUGAGGAGAAUCCAGAGGAUUACGACAAGUAUAUGAUUGGCUACAUACAGGCAGCCAUGCUGUUUGCUUUGGUGUGGGGCGUGGCCGGUGUACUAGACACCGAUUCGCGUGUGAAGUUUGAUGGAUUUCUGCGCAAGCUGUACGAGGGCGAGGAGCAGCUGGCCAAGCUGGGCAAAAUGGAGGUGACGCCACCCAUGGAGGGUCUGCUCUGCGAUUAUGUCUACAUGUAUAAGCAGCGCGGCACUUGGCGCUACUGGCCGGAGAUAGCCAAGCGCAUGGAUGUGGAGGAGACCAAGACGGGCGUCAUAGUACCCACCGUGGACACCUCGCGAUAUAUACAUCUACUCAAGCUGCAUGUGCAGCACAAGAAGCGCAUGCUGCUCGUCGGACCCACGGGCACGGGCAAGACGGUGUAUAUACAGAACUAUCUGAUGAACAAGCUCAAUCCGGAUGUCUACGAAACGGGUUUUAUAACAUUUACAGUUAUGAUCUCGGCCAAUCAGUGCCAGGAUUUGCUUAUUUCCAAGCUAGUCAAGCUAAAGCGUGGUUUCUACGGCCCACCCAAGGGCAUGGAGAGCGUGCUCUUUGUGGAUGACAUGAGCAUGCCUGUCAAGGAAGUCUAUGGCGCUCAGCCGCCUCUGGAGCUGCUGCGUCAGUACUUUGACUAUGGCCAUGUGUACGAUCUCAAGGACAGCUCCAAGGUUUACAUCAACAAUGUGUUGAUUAUCACCGCCUGCGGUCUGCCCGGGGGAAGUCGCCAGGACGUCUAUGCGCGUUUCCUCAAUCACUUCAAUGUCUUCUCCAUUAACACGUUCAGCGAGGAGACCAUGUUUCGCAUUUUUCUCAAUGUGGCGCUCUGUGGCUUUCGGCGUGCUGGUCACGGCCAGGACGUGUUCAAUGUCACCAAUCAGAUCGUCAUGGCCACCCAGAGCAUCUACAAGAGCGUGCAGUCCGAGAUACGCGCCACGCCCGCCAAAUCCCAUUACAUCUUCAAUCUGCGGGAUAUCUCCAGAGUUGUCACGGGCUGCACGCUGGUGCGCAAGGAGUCUGUGAGCGACAAGAAGGUGUUUGUGCGUGUCUGGUACCAUGAGGCCAUGCGCGUGUUCUACGAUCGACUGGUGGACGACGAGGAUCGCCGGUGGAUGUUUGACAAGCUCAACGAGUGCCUCAAGUUCAACUUCCGCGACAAGGUGGAGAAUGUCAUGGAGAAAUACUGCGUAGAGUCUAACAAUGAAUUGAUCUUCAACAUGGAGUCCGCCAAUGAUAUAUUCUUUGGCAUGUACUUCGAUGAGGACAGCAUCCCGGAUGAGCGUCGCUAUGAGGAGGUGCCAAGCAUGGAGGUGUUUCUAAAUCUGUCGCUGGCCAGCCUAGACGACUACAACUCCACACGCCGCUCCAAAAUGGACAUUACCUUGUUCACCUUCGCCUUGCGUCAUCUGAAUCGCAUUUGCCGCAUCAUUUCCAUUCAAGGUGCCAGUGCGUUGCUCAUUGGCUUGGGCGGCAGCGGGCGGCAGUCGUUGACAAAGCUGGCCACGAACAUGGUGCAGACGGCCUUCUUCCAGCCGGAGAUAAGCAAGAAUUAUGGCGCCAAUGAGUGGCAUGAUGACAUCAAGGCCAUACUCAAGGAGGCCGGCGGCAACAACAAGCAUACAACGUUUCUUAUCACCGAGAAUCAAAUAAAAAUGGAGUUGUUUCUGCAGGACAUUGAUUGUCUGCUCAACCAGGGCGAGGUGCCUAACAUAUUUCCCAUUGAUGAGAAGCAGGAAGUGCUGGAAAUGGUGCGUCUGGCGGCCCAGGGUGGCAAUCGCAACAUAGAUGUCUCGCCACUGCAAGUGUUCUCCUUCUUUGUAAAUCGCUGCAAGUCCAAACUACACGUGGUGCUGAGUUUCUCGCCCAUUGGAGAUGCGUUGCGCACUCGUGUGCGCUUGUAUCCGUCGCUGGUGAACUGCUGCACCAUUGACUGGUACGACAGCUGGCCAGAGGAGGCGCUGACGAUGAUAGCCAAGAUGUCGCUGGUGGAUGUCAAUGUGCCCAGCGAGGAGAUCAAGGAGGCUAUUAUGGACACCUGUCAGUACUUCCAUACCACAGCUGCGAGCGUUGUGAAGAAGUUUUGUGCCAAUUCCGGCAGGCACAUUUAUCAGACGAAUGCCUCGUUUAUAGAGCUGAUUAGGUCCUUCCAAACUCUCAUAGCGCUGAAGCAGAAGGAGACUAUGCUGGCCAAGAUGCGCUACAUAGGCGGCUUGGAUACGCUGGCGUCAGCAGCGACUGCCAUUUCUAUUAUGCAACGUGAUUUGAAUGCGCUGCAGCCCAAACUGGUGGCGCUGGCGGAGGCCUCACGCAAAAUGAUGCUGGAGAUUAGCAAGGAAACGAUUGCGGCCAACAUUGCUGCCGAGCAGGUGAAGCGUGAUGAGGAGGUGGCGCAAGUGCAGGCGGAGGCUUCGCAGGCGUUAAAAGUGGACUGCGAGAAGGAUUUGGCCAAGGCCAUACCUGUGCUGGAGGAUGCGUUGGCCGCCUUGAAUACACUCAAGCCCGCAGAUAUUACGCUAGUGAAGUCCAUGAAGAAUCCGCCGCCGGUCAUCAAGCUGGUAAUGGCGGCCGUGUGUGUUAUGAAGGGUUUGCAGGCGGAGCGUAUACCGGAUCCUGCCACGGGCAAGAUGAUCAAUGACUUUUGGGGUCCCAGCAAGCGUCUGCUGGGCGACAUGAACUUUCUGCCCGGACUCAAGGAAUUCGACAAGGACAACAUACCCGUUGAGGUGAUGAAGCGCAUACGCAAGGAGUUUAUACCCAACAAGGAUUUUGACCCCAAGGUGGUUGCCAAGGCGUCGAGCGCAGCGAAGGGUCUGUGCCAGUGGAUCAUUGCCAUGGACAUGUACGACGAUGUGGCUAAGGUGGUGGCGCCUAAGAAGGCCAAGCUGGCGGCGGCCGAAAAGGAAUACGCCGACACCAUGACAUUUCUGGCGGAGAAGCGUGCUAUGGCGGCGGCGCUGGAAGAAAAAGUGGCACAGCUCAACAUUGAGCUGGACAAGGCCAACCAGGAGAUGAAAAAGACUGAGGAUCAUGCCGAAAGCUGUCGAAAUAAACUCAUUGCGGCCGAGGCGCUCAUUUCGGGUCUGGGCGGUGAGAAGUCGCGCUGGAACAAAGCUGCUGAUGAUCUCCAAGAUCUGUAUGAUCAUCUACCUGGCGAUGUGCUCAUCUCAUGCGGUAUCAUUGCCUAUCUAUCCGCUGUGAAUCUGCAGGUGCGCGGCAGCUGCGUGCAGGAUUGGUUCAAGAAAUGCAAGGACCUGAAGAUACCCUGCUCGGAAACCUACUCCAUUACAGCUGUGUUGGGCCAGGAGGUUAUCAUACAAAACUGGCAGCUGGAUGGCUUGCCCAAUGAUGAGUUCUCCAGCGAGAAUGCCAUCAUCUCCGCCAACUCCAGCCGCUACAGUUUGUUUGUGGAUCCGCAGGGUCAAGCCAACAAUUGGUUGAAGAACAUGGAGCGCAAGAAUCGUUUAAACUGCGUCAAGUUCAAUCAAGGCAACUAUAUGAAGAUUAUAGCAGAUGCAUUGGAGUACGGCUCGCCGGUUAUCAUUGAGAAUGUGCAAGAGGAACUGGAGGUGCCGCUGGAUCCCAUUCUCAUGCGGCAAACGUUCAUACAAGGCGGCGUGAAGCACAUAAGUCUGGGCGAAAACAUUGUGCCAGUGUCACCCAAUUUCCGGCUCUACAUGACGUGUAAUCUGCGAAAUCCGCACUUUCUGCCCGAGACUUUUAACAAGGUGACUGUCAUCAACUUUGCUUUGACACAGAAUGCGCUCAUGGAUCAGUUGCUGAGCAUUGUGGUGGCCAAGGAGCGCCCGGACUUGCAGGAGUUGCGCAUUAUGCUCACCACGGAGGCGGCGGCCAACAAGGGCGCGCUGCUCAAUGCGGAGAACAUGAUUCUAAAGACGCUGACCUCCAGUGAAGGCGACAUAUUGGAGAAUGCAGGCGCCAUACAGAUUCUAGCAGACUCCAAGUCGUUGUCUAAGGACAUACAAGAGAAGCAGGAGGCGGCCAAGGAGACAGGCGCCAAGAUUGAGGCCUUCCGCUUGAACUACAAGCCCGUCGCCGUGCACAGCUCCAUCUUGUACUACUCUAUUACGGAUCUGCCCAACAUUGAUCCCAUGUACCAGUUCUCGCUUAACUGGUACAUCAAUCUCUACAUGUAUUCGAUAGAAACGGCCAACAAGUCCAAGGAUCUUCCGCGUCGCAUUAAAUUUCUUGUGGAUGGCUUCACUAAGAAUCUGUAUAGCAGCGUCUGUCGCUCAAUUUUUGAGAAGGACAAGCUGCUGUUUUCCUUUAUACUAUCAGCACGCAUCUUGUUGGGCACGGGUCAGGUUGAGAUGCGUCACUUUUCGCAUUUGGUUACCAAUGCCAAGGAGUCCACCAAGAUACCGCCAAAUCCGGACAACAGCUGGAUUACGGACACUGUGUGGCUGAAUGUGGUGCGGCUGGAGGAGCUCAAGGAGCUUUCUGGCAUUGUAAGUUCGUUCCGCAAUAAUCUGGGUGCCUGGAAAGCCAUCUACGAUCAUAUAUCACCGGAGCAGCAGCCAUUGCCGCCGCCCUGGCAGGACAAGACCACAGGCUUUGAGAAGAUGAUUGUGCUAAAGGCUCUACGGCCCGAUUCUGUAUUCUACGCAGUGCGUAAUUAUAUAGCCAAUUUUAUAGGCGAGCAGUAUGUCAGUCCGCCGGAGUUUGAUAUAUCCAAAUCCUAUGCGGACUCGACUGCACUAACGCCACUGGUGUUUAUACUCUCGCCUGGUGCCGAUCCAUUGGGCUCGCUGCUGGCCUUUGCCGAGAAAAUGGGCCAGGAGGAGACUUUCCAGAGCAUCUCACUGGGCCAGGGACAGGGACCAAUAGCCACAGCCCUUAUCAAAAGCGCCCAGGAGAUGGGCUACUGGGUGUGCCUACAGAACUGUCAUUUGGCCGCCAGCUGGAUGAGCACGCUGGAAUAUCUCUGGGAAAACAUGGACACCUUCAAUACACAAGCGAACUUUCGGAUUUGGUUAACGGCGUAUCCGACGCCACAGUUUCCGGUUACAAUACUACAAAAUGGCGUCAAGAUGACCAACGAGCCGCCCACAGGGCUGCGCGAAAAUCUCAUGCGCUCCUACAACUCAGAGCCCAUCAAUGAGUAUGAAUUCUAUACGGGCUGCGCCAAGCAGGAUCGCGCGUUUACGCGUCUGCUUUACGGCAUUUGUUUCUUCCAUGCCGUCGUGCAGGAGCGUCGCAAAUAUGGGCCUCUGGGAUGGAAUAUAGCUUACGGCUUCAAUGAGUCCGAUCUACAAAUAUCUGUGCUGCAGUUGAGCAUGCUGCUUAACCAAUAUGAACAUGUGCCCUACGAUGCCAUCUCGUAUUUGACCAGCGAAUGCAACUACGGCGGACGUGUGACAGAUAACUGGGACAGGCGCGCCAUAGUAACCAUACUCGCCGACUUUUGCAAUCCUCAAGUGGUGUCCGACAGCAAGUAUCGCUUUGCCGCUGAUGAAUGCUAUAUACUGCCACGCAAGACGGAGCAUCGCGAGAUCCUGCGCUAUCUGGAGGAGAAUAUACCAUCGCUGGCACCACCCGAGGUCUAUGGACUGCAUGCCAACUCGGGCAUAACGCGUGACUUGCAGACAACUAAAACACUUCUGGACUCCAUGAUCUUGCUGCUGGGCAGCGAAGCGGCGGGCACAGCUGGCGGCGGCGUUAGUCCGGAGCAAAUGAUAAUAGACACUAUAGCGCAGAUACAACGUGAAAUGCCCGUUGAUAUGGACAUUGAGGGUGCGGCGGAAAAGUAUCCCGUGAACUAUAACGAGUCUAUGAACACAGUGGUGGUGCAGGAAAUGGAACGUUUUCUCAAGCUGCAGAAGGAAAUACGCGCCUCAUGCGCCAGCUUAGCUAUGGCUAUCAAAGGCAUCAUUGUCAUGACGCCGGAUUUGGAAAAUGUGAUGACGGCUAUGAAGUUUAAUCGCAUACCGAUUAAAUGGAUGUCUAAGUCGUAUCCAUCGCUUAAACCGCUGGGCAGCUAUACGCAGGAUUUGUAUCGACGUCUCAAUUGGUUGCAUGAAUGGCAUCGGGUCGGGAAGCCGCCAACCUUCUGGCUCUCCGGCUUCUUCUUCACGCAGGCUUUUCUUACGGGCGCCAUGCAGAACUAUGCACGCAAGUAUAAGAUACCCAUAGACACGCUCAGCUUUGAUUAUCAGGUGCUCAAGGUGGAGAGCAAAUCGGCGCCGCCAGACGACGGCGUCUAUUGCAACGGCCUGUUUUUGGAGGGCGCUCGGUGGCAUUGGGAGCAAUGCAUGCUGGUCGAACAGCUGCCCAAAGUGCUCCUCUAUUCCAUGCCAGCCAUAUAUUUCUAUCCCAUAUUGCUAAUCAGCAUGAACGAAGGCUCCCGCUACAAAUGCCCGCUGUACAAGACUGCCGAGCGCAAGGGCACACUCUCCACCACAGGGCACUCGACCAACUAUGUGGUGCCGCUGCUGCUGAACACACAGGCCAAGCCCUCGCACUGGGUAAAGCGCAGCGUGGCCCUUAUCUGCCAAACCAACGAUUAAGACAAAAGACUUUUUAUUCUGUGUUUAUGUGUGUUUAUUUAACAUGGUUCAAAAUUUGAAUAUAUUUAGGCGCUUACUUGUAUAUUCACAGCUUUUGAAACGCCUGCUCUAAAAAACAAAUACUAGCCCACAGGGCUUGCCACGCAAGGCAACGAAGUAUUCAAUCAAAUAAAAUAUAGUAUUAACUAAAGUAAUCAA